CUUUGAAUCAUCAUGUUUCCAGUUCUAAAGGAAAGGUCCUGUUUGUGAGAACCAUCAACAUAUACUUAUAGAACAGAGAACAAGCAAAGAAAUAUGAUGCAUCAACUUGGACAACAGCGAGGAUUUCCUCACAGCCAUCCUACACAGGCUUCAAACUUGUCUGAAAUGGAAAGAGAGAAAAUUUAUACUUGGGUUCUUGAGCUGUCUAGUCCUGAUACAAGAGAGCAUGCACUGCUGGAGCUCAGCAAAAAAAGGGAAGUUGUUCCUGAUUUAGCACCUAUGCUGUGGCAUUCAUUUGGAACCAUUGCGGCAUUGUUGCAGGAAAUAGUUAACAUUUAUCCAGUUAUAAACCCUCCAAAUCUCACGGCCCAUCAGUCUAACCGUGUUUGUAAUGCUCUGGCUCUUCUACAAUGUGUUGCCUCUCAUCCUGAAACUAGGUCAGCAUUUUUACAAGCACACAUCCCCUUGUUCCUUUAUCCUUUCCUUCACACCACAAGUAAAACAAGGCCAUUUGAGUAUCUGAGAUUAACUAGCCUUGGAGUUGUAGGAGCUCUAGUAAAGACUGAUGAAGCUGAAGUUAUCAAUUUCCUCCUCACAACAGAAAUAAUUCCUUUGUGCUUAAGAAUCAUGGAAUCUGGUAGUGAACUGUCAAAGACUGUAGCAACAUUUAUAUUGCAAAAAAUUCUUCUUGAUGAGACAGGGCUAUCAUAUAUUUGCCAAACAUAUGAGAGGUUUUCUCAUGUGGCCAUGAUCUUGGGGAAGAUGGUGUUAGCUUUAGCUAAGGACCAGUCAGCAAGGCUACUGAAACAUGUGGUUAGGUGUUACCUUCGCCUCUCAGACAAUCCCAGGGCCCGUGAAGCUCUUAGACAGUGUCUACCUGAUCAACUGAAAGAUGGUACAUUUUCUAACUGUCUGAAGGAUGAUGCAUCUACCAAACGAUGGCUCAGCCAGCUUAUGAAGAACUUACAAGAUCCCAGCUUAUCUGACCCAAGGGGAAUACCUCUGCCCCCUUAAAAUCGACCUAUUGAAAAAAAUCAAACCUUUGUAAAUAUACCUUUCUUUGUUUUGGAAAUCUCUGUACCAUGGUAUUUUUGUAGACCAAUAUCAGUAAAGUCUAAAUUGUACAGGGGUUAUUUUGGAUAUGGUUACUUCUUCAUAAAGUCUGAAGCAAUAAAUAUAAUCAAAACCUCGAUUCACAGCAA